AUUGACCUGCCUGAGGGAUGGAGUCCCUCUUUGGGGGCGAGCUGGGCCUCCUGGGCGGGGGCGAGGGGCUGAGGGAUGACGGCUGCGGCUUGGGGUCGGGGGUCAACUGGUCGUCCUCACCCAUCCAAGACGACAUGUACCCCUCCCACUUCGCCCUGGCCGCCGCCUACCAUGACAUCAAGACGCGAUUGGCCAGCCUGGAGCGAGAGAACAGCAGCAUCAAGAGGAAGCUGAAGAACUAUGAGGUCAAGUUCCCUAUGAUCAGUGAGUUUGAGGAGGAGAGGACCCUACAGUGCUGCUCCUGUGAACCCAAGGAGACCUGCCUACUGCAGUCAGAGACCACCAACCUGCAACAGAGAGUCAACUCACUCACACAGGAGCUCCAGAAGAGUAAAGAGCGAGAGGAGAGACUCGAGGAUGUGAUUCAGGCUUAUGAGAAGAUCCACAGGGAGAAGAGUAAUGUUCAGAGAGACCUGGACAAGAUGACAACACUAGCAGAGCAGCACAUGGAGCAUAUCUGUGGUCUGGAGUCAGCUCUGAGGCAGAGGGAGGGGUCCCUGCAGAAACUCAGUGCUCAGCUGCACAGCAAGAACAUUCAUUACCUACAGCUACACACCAGUCUGGACGUGCCUCAUGAGCGGAACGGGCGGGGUCCCACCCUGCAGAGCUCUCGUAGUCUGGACGCCGUGUCCGACCUGAAGCUGCAGCGGUUGGAGGCGGAGCUAGAAGGGGCGCGGCAGCAGGCCCAGAGGGCGUGUCAGAGAGAGACGGAGAUGAAGGAGGAGCUACAGAGGCUGCAGACAGAGAUCAGACAGCUGCAGCAGGAUGUACAGACACAGGAGGUGACCACACUCUGUGAGCACUGUGACGUGGAGUGGAUAAAGAAGGCAGGAGAUGAACAGGUGAACCUGGCGUUGGCCUACACUGAGCUGACCGAGGAGCUGGGUCGUGUGAGAGGUCUGGCUGUCAAACAGACGGAGAUCCUCAGGAAGGAAUCCCACGAGCAAAUGGUCCUAAGACACUCUCCAGCCCCCCAGCGUCGCUCCCCAGCCUCCCAACGCCCCUCCCCAGACCUCCUCCACCCUCACCCCUCUCCUCCCCUCUCACCUUCUUGCCCCGCUUCCUACUCCCCCACUGGCCUCUCUUACUCACCCACCGGCCCAGCCUCCUACUCCUGCCGUCCAACCAGCCAGCGGUUGCGCGCCCGCUUCCAGGGGCGCCGCAGCUACUCGGAGGUGGCCGACUCGACUGCCCACCAGAGGCCCCCACCCAGGCUGCUCCGUGACCCAGUCUCCACCCUGCCCAAGCCCAGGAACAUGGGGGAGUCUGGGGCCUACUCCCGUCGGCCAGCCUCGGCCCGUGGAGCUGUAGGAGGUGGUGGUGGUGGUGGAGGAGGGGGAAGCAGCCUGAGCAGUAGUCCCCAUCACCAUGACCUGGAGCAGGGCUUCCCUCUAGCUGCAGAGGGGUGCCACUUCUGUCAUCUGGAGGAUUCCCCGGCCCCCACUCCACUGGUCACCCCACCCCAGUCGUCUGAUGAUGAGGAAGAGUGGAGAUGCCCUUCCCCGGUGGCCAGUCCUCCCAGGACACUGGGGGUAAUGGGGGUAAGCUCACGGGAACCCCCCCCCUGCCCCUCCUUCUUGGCCCCAAAUGGCCCAGCUACUCUCACCUGCCACCUGCCAGGGUACGUGGAUGCAGACCACGCCCAGUCCUGGCCCUCCAUCAAUUUGUGGAUGGAGACGGAGGAGAACGACGCCCGGAGCUGCCCGCUGUGUCAGCUGACCUUCCCCACCGGUUACCCUGACGACGCCCUCAUCAAACACAUCGACACGCACCUGGAGAACAGCAAGAUCUAACAGUUGCCCCCAGACACAGAUCCAGGAACAACUUACCCUGCCAAAUUCAAACCUAAACCAUUACCAGGAAAACACAAAACUGACCUUAGUGUCCAGAGGCGAAUUCAUCCUACUUCAGUCUGCUUCGCGUCAUGACUCUACCUGCUGUAAAAUACAGGAUUUACGAUGGGCUCACCCUUAAUAAAAGUGACCGCACCACAAUUGCGGAUCCCCUUUGCAAUAUGGCACUCGAGAGGAACAGACUCCAUCUAACUGUAGAGAGGUGAUACUGUCGAGCCCCUAGUUGUUUUCUAAACUGGAAAUUUUCCUUACCUCUGUUUUUGACCAUGUUAGUUUAGGGCUAUAACAAGGGCCAGUGCUGUUUCUGAAUGCUCCCUCUCUCGCCCAUGUUAUCAGGUAUGGUCUUUGACAUGGUUACCUCGCACUGUUUUUAACACCAUCAGUAAAUGGGUCACACCCCUAACUACAUGCUUCAUCAUAAAAGUUUACUCUCCGUCAAACCAGAAGGAAGUCUUUGCCUAGACUUGAAGGGCACAUUCAUAGCUGGAGGUACACAGCACUUUUUGGGAAUUUAGUUCAGAUGGAAAGAAGAAUCUUGAUGAAAACCGAUCUUUAAAUGAAUGAAUUACAGUAUCUCACGUGUCAUAAUUCAAUGAAGCAAGUCAAGGAUGACUGAGGGGUUGGCGAUAAUCGCUAUAAAAAUGGUUGAGCUAACGCGGGAUGUCAAGGACCCUGAAACAGGGAUGGACCACUAUAGGUACCUCAUAAGAAACUCCUUUGUAUAUUGACAUUCAGGGAUUCAUGACAUUGUACAACAGUGAUUAAAACUAGGGUAAAUAACAGGCCGAAGAUGUUCCGGUUUGCAGGAGCUGUACAGUGAACCCAGGCUGUUGUUCUCCAUGGAUGACAUGUGAAUCUCAGAUUACUGAAGCUUUAUAUGCAGUCAUCUCCAUUACUUGCCUACAGGUUGUCAAUACAAUUCACAGCAACCCAUUUAAAACCAAACGAGGGGAGGAAUCUGACAGAUCCAGAACAUCAGCUGAUUUCUCAACUCAGCCUAUUGUGAAAUUUGCACAGCAAUCAAUAUGAUCCGAAUACACUGGAUGGGGAUCUACCAUCAGUCGGCACUGAUCAGUCGAUCGAGGGACGAGCGUCGCGCAGGGUUGACGCCACCAGUCGGAAGACAAAACGCCAUUAGUAUAGAUACCAUAGAAGGUAACACUGCAAUCAACCACAAAAAAUGCUGGAUCCCUUCUGGAGGAACACCAAGACACUCUGCCAAUGAGAGAACAGUGCGGCGCUACAGGAAUCAGCGAUCAAAAAUGCAUUCCAACACACUACAGUAUUCCUUUUCUGAAUCUAUUCUUCCUUCAGUAGAAUCACAAGGUUUUAGUUGACCCUUUAUGACUAUAUCUUUCGGUUUUCUGUAAACGCAAAUAAAU